UGCCCGCUGCCCCCGCAGCCCCCACGGCUGCAUGCCCGCCGCGGUCUCGGCACGUCUGGAUUCGGUGGAGUCCUGGGCCUUCCAUGCGCUGCUGGUGCUGCCCUAUAUGUUUUACGUGGGCUUGUUCUUUGUCAACGUGCUGAUCCUGUACUAUGCCUUCCUGAUGGAGUACAUCGUCCUCAAUGUAGGCAUCGUCUUCCUGCCCGAGGAUAUGGACCAGGCUCUGGUGGAUCUGGGGAUGCUCUCCGACCCUGGUUCCGUGCUUUACGAGACGGACAGCGAGCUGGAUGUCUUUGACGGGUACUUGGAGUGACGCCCCGGGCUGCCCUCCCUGCGUCCCGGCUCCUCCUGCGCAGCAUCUUCCCUUCCGAAUGACACCCUUCCCGCCCGGUGCAGGGGCCAGAGGGGCAGCCGGGACCCGCUGCCACCGGGCAGGCCCGCGGAGACCUCGCCGGGGAAAUUCAUUAAACACCUGACAUGGAUUAUGACCAGGAUAAUGGAUCAAGUCCUGGAAAGAAACCGUGCUCUGAAAUAUGGAGAUGGAAAUAAUGACAAGAGAACAACAAGAAGAGUUGUCAUCAGACCUUGUCAGUUGUGACUUCUCUUUAAGGUCUUUGCCUCUUGAGGGUGCACUAACUGCAGUGACUCGUGCACCAUGCUGGGCUUCCAUGGGUAAUUCUGGGAUGGACUGUAUGAAAAAUAAGAUAAACUACGUUCCAUUAUAACAGAAAAUCAAGAUGUUACUCAGAUUUGAUAAACUUUUGAAUAAAUACCAUGUCACCCAAGUGGACACGCUCUACAUAUAGCUUAAGAGGGUUUUACAAUCACACAUUGAAAACUCUACCAGCCAGUAGUUCAAAGGCAGUGCUUUCUCAGGGGAUAAUAUGCAGGAGUGACUGCAAGGAGGUUCUGUUCAGGGAGUAUAACGGCAAGAACUGUGCUAGGAAGAUAUUUUAUUUAAAUUGUGAGUUUUGAAAUAGAUCAGAGAGUGAAUUUUAUAUAAGUCAGAUGGAUUCAUUAUCUAACACAGAAUACUUGGCAGAUUGUUUAAGCUCGUGUUCCUGUGUACAGAUGUGAAAGCAAUACAAUAAAGACUGAUCUUUUCCAUGAAAAAUUA